CGCGCAUAUAAUGUGCUGCUGCGGGUCUGAGAUGAGUCCGGGUUCGGUCUUUGAGAUUGGAAAUUUCCGUUUUUUGAUUCCGGGGGUGCACUAUAAAAAUCUACUUCUCCUCGGCGACGCAUUUCAGUGUCACGGCUAUCGCCCGCUAGUGUAGUUGGCAAGAUCCGGGAACCGGGUGUGCAGAUUUUCGAAAUGAAGAUACUUCUGACGCUGCUCGCGUUUGCGGUUUGCGCCGAAGCUGUACCUAACCUAGACUCGUUGCUCGGGUUUGCCCAACCAGCUUCAAGAGCAAGUCGGCCUUAUCUACCACCACCACCACCACCAUCACAUCAUCCAGCUCCAGCGAAUCCAGGAUAUGCUUCCUAUUACCAACAUCCUUCAGAACCGGUUCAUUCUGCACCUGCAUUCCCCGCCCCGGUCCAACAACCUCAAGUGAUUCGCGUAAUCCAGCCGGUUUACUAUAUUCCUCGACCAUCGCCUCCUGCUCCAACACCACAGCAUUACAGAAUGCCUCCACCUGCAUAUUCAAACAGUCAAUCCAUCCCUAAAACCGGAUAUUCCGUGGCGCCAACGCAGCCCUACACCCACAGCGGCAGUUCGAUCCCCAGCUCCUACUCCGUCGAAAUGUCUAAAUCCGAAGGUCAUUGGUACUCACUGCCCCCGGAAAGGAUAACGAUCGAGAAAACCAUAUCCCCGAUAUCGACGAUCGAAACUAGCGAAGCUGUGUUCGAACCUCGUGCACCAACGGUAAGCGUAGCACAGCCAACAUCGGUUGAGAUCACUCCACAAACUCUCAACAACCCGAUCAUUGUUUCCGAAUCCCCUGCCUACGAACCAGCUGCUCCCACGACUACCACCGCAGCUCCACCAACCGUCGAUCACACAGCGAUCACGGAACAGAUCGUGAACCAGGUGUCGCCGCACAUAAUUCAGCAAGCUAUUCCACUGGUAGUGGAUCGUGCCGUCCCACAGGUCGUCUAUCAAGCCCAGCAGGCAGCUCCCCAACAGCAGCAACAAUACAUUCACACCGAUCAGGGCGAACCGGUACAGAUAGUCACUCCACUGAAUCUUCACCAGCAGCCAAAGCAGGACGACAAGGUGUACAUCAUGUACGCCACAUCGAUACCGCAGGGCGAAUCGUACGAUCAGUUCCAAAACAAUUUCGACAUUCGCGGUCAGUACGACGAUGCGGAAAAUCUGGUGAUCCCAACUGGAAAUCAGCAGCAGCAGUCACAGGCACAAGCACACAGCUCACAGUCGGCGGGGGAAAUCAUCUUCGAGAAGGCUAUCGAUACUGGUGACAAUGUGGAAGAAGAUCGCCGAGAUUCGGCCGGUGUCAGUGAGCAGAUAAUUCGGAAUUUCCAGCUGGAGAAUCUGGCUCACCAGCAGGAGUUCGGUAGCGUGGGUGAUUUUAGUGGUGGUGGUGCGUUCUCAAGCAGUAGUGCAGGGGCUAGUGCUAGUAGCAGAGGUGACCCAAGGAACGGUGCUAGCAGUAGCAGUUUCAGCAGUUCGAGCUCCGGUGCUGGAGGCAGCAGCAGCAGCAGUUCAAGAGCCGGUGCUAGCAGCAUUAGUUUUAAUGCCGGCGGUAGAAGCAGUGGCUUCAAUGCCGGUUCUAUCAGCAGGGCGAGUUCUAGUAGCAGUGCGAAUGCUGAGUCUCGAUGAGGUCAAACCUGGGGAUCCAAAGUAGUUGGCUGAUGAACCAAAAAUUGGCUCGAGGGCACCAUUGAUGACGUUGUGUGGAUGUAGGACGUUUAUUUAUACUGAAAAUUGUGAACAUUGAACAGGAGAAUUCCGUGCCAUAAGUUAAUUGUAUAAAAUAUAAACUAGCAUGAC